AUGCCAAGCAACAAUCCCUUCGACCAAAGACUGCGUGACGUCUUCUCCCUUCGCUCAGCAAUCCCAGUGCUAAAUGAGUACCUGUCGACGAUCCAGGUCGACUGGCAAGUGGACAACGUGACCGCGUUUGUGGCUGCCGCGAAUAGCUUGGACCCGGCUCAAGCGCCUCAGUGGCUGCGGACUCGACCACCGCUGAUGACCUGCAGCUCUUUUACCGACGACGUGAUCGCCGUACUAGAGCCGCUGGCAAAAGGCCGCUGUGGACACGUGAUGCUGGCGCCGAAUACAACCGGCCAGUUCGGCGGAAUUUGCGCGAUGAUGGGUUCCCUGCAGAGUAGUGUUUUCCUACAGGAUGCCGCGCAACUGGCGCUACCGGUGGCUAACGACGUCGAAAAGCAUCUCGUCGAGACGCACUAUCUUGUCGAAUCGAAAGCACAGCGACAUCAACCAAACCACCUCCCGCCAGCUCUUCGGGAUGGACAACACCCACUGCGUCGGGUUUUCAUCUAA